CAGCAAAUUGUAUCUUUGUAUCACUAAUAUUAAUAUUAAUCAGUGUAUAUUGACCAUGUCAUUUAUGGAAAAACAAUGAAAGCCAUUAGCUGCAUUUCGGCCAACAUCAACUCAAAGUUUUUGUUAUUUCUGGCGGUGUUCAUUUCAGUUUCGUUGACCACUUCAGCUUUAGAAUGUUAUUCGUGUGACUCAACGGAGGAUGCUGAGUGUGCAACUAAACCUGGACAACAAAUAGCCGUUGAGGAAUGUGCAUCGGAAACAGAUGAGUGUGUGCAGGUGGUUGCAUCUGGCAUAACAAGACGCGGUUGUUUAUUGCGACUUUUUCCAAACCGUUACUGUCCGGAGCCUUGUGCUCGCUGCACAAAAAGUCUUUGCAAUCGUGAUAUAUUUCCUGCAGAUCGUCAACGUUGUUAUCAAUGCAGUGGCUCUGCCUGUGUUAAUGUAGAAAAGAAACCAGAAUUGAUUCUACCAUGUCCUUUUUACAAAGAAGGCGAUCGCUGUUUUACUAAUGUUCUGCAUGCUAGUAAUGUUAUACGAGGUUGUGAAACCACAAUGGGCGAUACCAAUAAUUGUCCACAUGCUUGCUUCAAAUGUAAUUAUAAUGGCUGCAACAACGAACCCGGUAUGACAGAACAAAAUUGUCUGAUGUGCACGCAUUCAUUUGCCACUCCCGAUCCUUCAUGUUGGCGAGGCCAAGAUGGGAAGGCAGAUAAAUGUGUGACAUCAACUAAAACGUAUUGUCAGAAUAAAAACUUGUAUGGGCAUGUGGGUAAAUGUUUUACCCAUGUUAACGAGCAGACGGGCGUUGUACAACGUGGCUGUUCUAACAAUAAGCCCUGGUAUCCGUCUGGAAGUAUAGUAGAAUGUUAUGGAGAGAAAUGUAACACCAACUGCUUAACCAUAUCGUGUAAUGUUUGUUCUUCCGAAGACCAGCCGAGUUGUGUACAAGGCAAAUUUUUAAAAAUGGAAAAAUGUGAAGAAAAUACUCAAUCUUGUUUUACAUGUGAAUCUGGAAAUCGUGUAACAAGAGGUUGUGCAGAUAAAAAAUUCUAUGCUCGCUAUGGAAAUACAUCGAUAGCGGAUAAUGAGGCUUGCCAUUUAUGUCGUGAUGCAAAUGGUUGCAAUCGUACUCCAAUCAGAACUUGUUAUUCAUGUUCGUCGAUGGAUUAUAAGGAUUGCUCAUUAAUGAAGUCACCAAUAAACAUAGCACGUCGAAAUUGUUCCUCAUAUGAUGAUUUGUGUGUUAGUACGUUGAUUACUAAAGUGCAGCACACCUAUGUACUUAGAGGUUGCUCUUCCCAUUUGCCGGAAUGCACCGACAAUGAUCCCUUGUGUUUGCGUUGCAAUGGCAGUCUAUGCAAUACUAUACCCAUUGAUUUGACCACAAACGAGGAAACGAAAUUACCUAUAGGUUGGGAUAAAAAUGUGGAGAGUAUGGUCGAGGUUAGAAGUGGAGGAAUUAUAAAUCUUGCAUGGAAGCUAAACUAUAUAAUAUACAUAUAUUUUGCUACUAACUUUAUGUGUAUCAUGAAAUAAAUGUUUUUAAAUUCACUUUUUGAAGUAAAA